UUCCUCUGAAACCUGUACUGGUAUAAACGCUUAGUGUAACUACUUCAGUUAACAAAUGACUUUUUUUAACCAAAAUAGUUUUACCAGUAAAACUGUUGCUGUAACUAAUGUCAGUUGACAUUAAUGGGUAUCAUUCUCUUUAUACUCCUAGCUGCCAUAGUUAUACUUGCAAAUGGCUUAGUGUAGAUUGUUAGCUUAUUUCAUUCAGAGAAAUGGCAUAAGCUAUAACAGCAAAGGAGCGCUAACGAGUAUAAGCUUUACCAGCAAACUCUUCCCUAGUGUAGGCAAGGCCUCAGUAUAAAUGAAGGAAGCAUACUGGUAGAGUUGCACUGUAAACAUGCUGCAGGGCUUUCAGGGAUGCAGUUUACUUUCAUAUGGAUGGUUCAGUGGUGUUAGUGGAAAGUAAAUCCAACCAUGGAAAAGGAAGAAGUUUUAUUGGCCAAAAGAUUGAAAAUAAAAACUCCUCUGUAAAAUCAUAUACUGUGGAUGACUUUGCUACAAAAAUCCUUACUGGAAAACUGACUACAGUUUUCCUUCCUGUAGUCUACAUCACUGUGUUUCUUAUUGGUUUACCAAGCAAUGCCAUGGCUUUAUGGGUCUUUUUCUUCAGAACAAAAAAGAAACAUCCAGCUGUGAUUUAUAUGGCUAACCUGGCACUAGCAGAUCUUUUAUUUGUCUUCUGGUUCCCUCUGAAGAUUGCAUACCAUAUAAAUGGCAACAACUGGAUCUAUGGUGAAGGGCUUUGCAAAGUCCUCACUGGAUUUUUUUAUGGAAAUAUGUACUGCUCCAUUCUUUUUAUGACAUGUCUCAGUGUGCAAAGGUACUGGGUCAUAGUGAACCCCAUACUACACUCAAGAAAGAAGUCUGAAAUGGCAGUAGGAGUUUCAAUUGCAAUAUGGAUACUGAUUUUGCUGAGCACCAUUCCAUUGUACCUUGUUGAUCAAACUGCAUAUAUUUCAAAUCUUAAUAUCACUACUUGUCAUGAUGUGUUGCCUCAGAAUGUAUUGGCUCAUGACAUGUUUAAUUAUUUCCUUUCUCUAGCAAUUGGAGUCUUCUUAUUCCCAGCUAUUCUCACGACUGUUGCCUACAUACUAAUGAUUAAGACUUUGAAUGCCUCCAUUACAGAUAUAAACAUUGGAAAGAAACGGAAAAAAGCAAUCAAGCUCAUUAUUGCAGUACUAUCCAUAUAUCUUAUCUGUUUUAUACCUAGUAAUAUUCUACUUGUAGUGCACUAUUCUCUGAUCAGGGACUAUGGCCAAAGUCAUGUGUAUGCCUCAUAUAUAACAGCAUUGUGUCUUUCCACUCUGAACAGUGGCAUUGAUCCAUUCAUCUAUUAUUUCGUUUCAAAAGACUUCAGAGACAACCUUAAAAAUGCUUUCCUUUGCCGAAGUGUGCGAACUGCAAAGAGGAUGCAAGUCUCUCUUUCAUCAAGUAGAUACCCUAAGAAAUCCAACUCUUAUUCUUCCAGUUCAAACACAACUAAGACAACUUACUAAAUCUUUUCUUGUAGUAGAAAAAUGAACAUUUAUUAAUAUAGCAGUGAGCCUAUUGUACAUAACGUGAAUCUUUUUAUUUUUACAAGUGCGUAUGAAGCAACCAUCUGUUGGAUUCACACUGAGACUUUAAUUUCAAAACUGGCAACUGUUUACCUCUGAAUUCCUCAUGGGAAUAUUGAGUGACAUGGAAGAAGCAGCACUGUACUGAGUUUGAUACUGUUUAAAAAAACAGUACUUAUUCUCUAAAUGGCAGAGAACUUCUGUAAUGUUUUAAUACCUAUGGAUGGUGCCUUUAUUUUAAUCACUUCUGCAUUUAACUCUUAAUAAUUUAGUGAAGGAUGCUUAAUUUUUAUGACUUGGUUAUUAUACUUUUGUUUUAUAUACUAUUUUUGUAUACUAGAAACAAGCAAUUUAAGUAUCUUGUUUCUUUAGAGCCCUGUCCCUUUGUAUAUUACUUCAUUUGAUCUUAAUGGAGUUAUGAGGGUAAAUAAGAGAGCCUCCUCUUAAACCACAGGAGGUCAAUUUCUUAUGCUUAGUAGAAUUUAUAUUGUCUAUUGGACUUUCCUGCUAUUGCAAAUACUGAAACUGGGGAAGCCUGAUAAGAUUAUACCAGUGAGAUAGCAAACUGACUAUUAUCAGCUAGCAUUGAGAUAAAUUAAUUGUUCUUUGAUAGGAAUAUAUACUGAGGCAAACUGUGUUCUCAGAUUUUGGACAAUAUGUGAUAUUAUUGGGGUAUAAUAUGCUGUAUUUGUAGAAUUUAUGUCCUGUAGCUGUUUCACUUUUACAUAUUACUUCAUUUGUAUUAAGAUAUAUAAUGUAAAUUAAGUCACUUUUUAUAACUUACUAAGUUUGGAAGUCCUCAUUUGUGUUCCUGUUUAACACUUUCACAUGUCAGUGAUCUGAUUUGCAUUACCAGAUUUUAGGUUAAAAAAAAAAACUGUUUUCCUAAGUACAAAUGUAGAGUUUGUCAAUGCUGCAGUCGGAUGUAAAAAUGAAGUAAAUUUGCCUAAUGCUAUAAUUCA